AUGGGAUCUCCAAGCGUCCAGCUCCUGGCCGUGCUCCUUGUCCUGGGGCUGUGUGCCCUGGCGGGGGCCCAGAAACCUUCCCCCUGCCGGUGCUCUCGGAUCGCCGUGGAAAACAGGAAGAACUGCGGCUUCCCGGGCAUCACCCCCGACACGUGCUUCAGCAUGGGCUGCUGCUUCGACUCCAAAGUCCCCAAUGUCCCCUGGUGUUUCCACCCCCUCCCGAAGCAAGAGUCGGAGCAGUGCGUGAUGGAAGUGUCGACCCGGAGGGACUGCGGGUACCCGGGCAUCAGCCCCGAGGAGUGUGCAUCUCGAAAGUGCUGUUUUUCCGACAACAUCUUUGACGUGCCCUGGUGUUUCUUCCCCAUCCCCGUGGAAGGUAACGUCCUGCAGGACGGCGGCUGA